AUGGACUUGCAAGCCCUUAUGAACCAAGCGCGGGUGGGGGCGUCGUCGACGCCCGCCUCUGGAGAUGUGCCGCAGCAGGACAACGCCGAGACAGUGUACAUCAGCAGCCUGGCGCUCUUGAAAAUGCUCAAGCAUGGCCGUGCUGGUGUGCCUAUGGAAGUGAUGGGUCUCUUGCUGGGCACCAUUGUCGAUGAUUAUACCGUAUCGGUUGUCGAUGUGUUUGCUAUGCCUCAGUCGGGUACCGGUGUGAGUGUCGAGGCGGUUGACCCUGUCUUCCAGACCAAGAUGCUGGAUAUGCUUAAGCAGACGGGCCGCUCGGAAGUGGUCGUAGGCUGGUACCAUUCGCACCCUGGCUUUGGGUGCUGGCUGUCCAGUGUCGAUAUCAAUACACAGCAGUCGUUUGAGCAGCUGAAUCCACGUGCUGUGGCGAUUGUCGUCGACCCCAUUGAAUCUGUCAAAGGCAAGGUCGUGAUUGAUGCGUUCCGCCUGAUCAACCCAUCGACCGUGAUGCUGGGCCAGGAGCCACGCCAGACGACAUCCAACAUUGGCCACCUGAACAAGCCAUCGAUUCAGUCGUUGAUUCACGGUUUGAACCGACACUACUACUCCAUUGCCAUUGGCUACCGCAAGACGCAACUGGAGCAGCAAAUGCUCGGCAACUUGCACAAACGCACAUGGACGGAAGGUCUGCAACUUAAGGAUUUCCAGGAGCACCAACAUAUGAACCAGGCCGCUGUCAAGCGCAUGCUGACGCUGGCCGAGGACUACCAAAACUCUGUGAAGGAAGAAGCGAAGCUCACGCCUGAGCAGAUCAAGACGCACUAUGUGGGCAAGCAGGAUCCCAAGCGUCACCUUGAAGACACCGUAGAAGCGGCGAUGGGCGAUCAGAUCGUGCAGAGUCUCGGUACUAUGAUUCUGGCUGAGCUGUAA